AAACAGUGUUACCAUUAUAUCUAGUGCGAAUUCAUCCACUCUUCACGAUUCCUAUCAUUAUUUUUGGAGUUUUACUUAUACUAUCCUCUGAUUACUGUACUUUCCUUCAGUAUGUACUGUCUGAGAGAAAGAAAGGAUGUAAACAAGGAACUGUUUGUUUGUAUGCUCAUGAUUUGUUCGGGCAGGAAUUUCCAUUGAGGACAAAUUAUGAACUGGUGAAGAUUUUAAAGGCGUAUAAUGGUAAAAAUCACAUAAAUGUUGCUACAAAUGGAUCCCGAAGGUGUAGCGGAAAAAGCAGAACCCCUCCCCCUUACGGUAUUCAAAUAAUGAAGGGGGCAGUUCAUGUAGCCGUUACACGGAGUUACGUUGACUAUGUUCUACAUGACCGUAGAGCUCGUGUUAUUUUAAAAUGGAUGAGUCACGCAUGUGAAGUACCAGACGAAGAAUUCUUUGCAACCCUUAAUUAUAAUGCACAUUUGCAAGUACCUGGAUCUUAUAAAGGUUAUACGAGAAAAUCGUAUCUAGCUCGUUUCAAAGUCUGGAAAUCCUCGAUUCAUUACCUCCGCAAUAAUAGAUCUACAUGCUAUGGAAAGUGGGUAAGAAGUAUAUGUAUCUUCAGUUUAAAAGAUCUCCGUCGUCUGUCGACACGUAAAGAACUUUUUGCAAAUAAAUUUCAUCUGCAUGAAAAUCCUUUAACGUAUACGUGCAUGGAGGAGUUUAUAUUUAAUAACACACGUGAUGAAUUUCAAGGGAAAAGAACAUUGAAUGCGAGUUGGUAUUAUCAACACUCGAUUUCAUAAAAAAGACAUGUCAAAUAGAUAAGAUAUGUUUAGACAACUAUUUAUCAAAUUAAAAUAACAUAUCGGAAUGUAUAUUGUUCAACAAUAUUGACCUGGCACUCCUGCAUUUGACCCUAUAGUCGGUAAAUUCCGUAAACGUUACUAUCUACUUGUAAAUCGAUAUGAAUGUAGAUCAGUAGUUGUUAAAUGGUCCCUCUUAAAGCAGUCGGUAAAGUCUUUCACUUCGAGAAAAUAUAGAUGUACACUCGUAAGCUCGAAUCCUGGUUCAAUUUCUUUCUUUUUUUAAUUUAAAAAUUGACAUUUCUCUCCUAACUAGUGCAAAACGUUUUGAUUUUUAUUUGAUUUUUUUAUAUUUUAAUUGUGUAGUAUUUUUAAGGUGUACAUGAAUCAUAAACACGCUGUCCUUUUUAUUAAUAAAAGUUAAUGUAAUGAAAUAAAAGAAUAACUGUAUAAAAACACUACUUAAAAUGUAUUUUAACACCAGAUGUAGUAAAACGAUUUAAAAUUAAUUCUUGCUAGUAAAUUCCAAAAUACAAUAAAAAAAAUGCGUAUCUUCAUAACAUGGUGAUGGUUAGGUAUCGAACCUGAGACCUUCAGAUCAUGAACAGUCGUCCGGAAUCUUCACCAAUACACCACAACUCAUUGAUGUGUGAAGUUAACAAAUAUAUCGGUAUAUUCGUUGGAUACAAGUGUUUAUACAGUGACCUUUAAAAAAAUUAAUGAAGUGCCAGGUCAAUAUUGUUGGACAAUAUCAAUGUUAUAUAUACAAUAAUUUUCAUUAAUAACAAAACAGCUGAUACAGAUUGAUUGCAGUCAUAAGAUUUCUCUGUAAACUUAAUGUGUCAUUUGUUAAGUUUUUAGCUAUAUAUUGGAACAUAUUGAUACAGUAGUUAAAAACUUUACAAUCUUUAGCAAA